UGCUAACAGCUUGAACCCAUCUUGGGCGCCAUCUACUCUACCAUUAUCAAACCUCUCCCUAGGCUUCAUUAAGACUUCUUCACGCUACUACUUAUUAUUAUUCAUCGUCACCAUGAGCGACAGAGGCUACGAGUACAAGAGCUCCGGCUAUAACAGCCAGGGUAACCAUUACUGCGCCCGUGACUACGGUAGCAGUGCUCCAAACUCGAACUCGUAUCAUUACUCCAAUCAGGAUGGCUCGUACUACUACUCCAAUCCUAACGGCUCAACCUACUACAACAACGGUCAGGGUGGCUCAACCUACACGUCUUCGUCGGGCUAUAGGUCCUCAUCAGGAUAUGGAGGUAGUAGCAGCAGCAGCGGUGGCAAGAAGUAAGAGUCUUGUCCGGCACCCGGGGAGGAACCCAUGUCUCUUCGCCGUGGUAGCUUGAGUGGCCUAAGCCUUAGGAGUGAUUUAUGUCUCCUUUAUGAACGAUAUGGAAUUUGCUUUGGUGGGCCGAGUGAACUAGUCUAUUAAACCAAAAAAAAACAUUAAAGGGGUUUUAUUUGAGACUACUUUAUUCAUCUAUUUAGUCAUAAAUAGUACAUAGGUAGUCUUAAUCAUACAAGACACAUCUUCAAGAUUCUUAAGCUUUAA